AUGGAAAAGUUGGUGCUUGAGGUGGAGAACAUAAUCGGACAUAGGUUCAAGAACAAGAAGCUUAUAGAACAAGCCCUGACCCACUCCUCGUUCCCGAAUGCUGUCUGCUAUGAGCGCCUUGAGUUCAUAGGUGAUAGUGCUUUGGGCUUUUCUAUGGGCAAUCACUUGUUUCUCACUUAUCCCAACAUUGAACCUGGCCAACUCUCUCUUCUCCGUGCUGCUAAUGUCAGCACGGAGAAGCUAGCUCGUUUGGCCAUUCGCCAUGGCUUCCACCGCUGCAUCCGUCAUAAAGCCCCUUAUCUUUUUGACAAGGUAGAUGAGUUUGUGGAAGUUGCAGGUGAAAAGGAUGACUCUAUUUCCUAUGGUGGUUCGGUUAAAGCUCCCAAGAUUCUUGCCGACAUUGUUGAAUCUAUAAUAAUUAAACGUCUUAUGGAGCCCAUAGCGACGCUAGAUGAUCUGGAGCAACAACCUCAACCAGUGACAAUGCUCUUCGACUUGUGCCAAAAGAAAGGGAAACUGAUAGACAUCAAGCACCGAAGGAAGGGUGAAAAAAGCAUUGCUAGAGUCUUCGUUGAUGGAGAAUUUGUUGCAUCCGCUUCCUCUGAGCAGAGGGACAUUGCAAGGCUUGACGCUGCCAAGAUUGCCUUGCAUAAACUAGCAAAUAUAAUGCCUAUUGGAACUAAGAUUCUCGAUUUUUUUGCUUGCAUUGAUAGUACCUUUGAGAUUAAACAAGCCAAACAAAAGUUACACGAGCUUUGUGCAAUAAAAAGAUGGCCUAACCCAGUAUACAGCGUUGUGAAAGAUGAAGGUUCUCCUCAAGAUAAGAAAUAUGUCUGCUCUGUUCAGAUAACGACGGUAGAUGGUAUACUCCAAACGUUAGGGGAUGAAAAAUCUCGGUUGAAACUCGCAGAGAACUCUGCAGCUGCCUUGUUGCUUUGGGCCUUACAAAAAUCUCUGAAUUCCAAGAUGAAAUGUUCCGACAACUCUGAUUAUCAUCAGAAUCUUCAGGUUGAUAUAGAUGUGAAGGGUGUGAUUGAGUCACUGAAAACCAAGGUUAAAGAAAAUGGAGAAUCAGUGGAGCCAAGUGGGGUUGCAGAUGGUAUACGUGAAGGUUGUGAUGGCAAGGCAGAGCACAAAGAAAGAAAGCACAAAGCAAAGAGAGAGAAAGAUGAUUCUCGAGAAGAAUUGCCUGAAAUGGGUGAUGGAAAAAAGGCCAAGAAAGCCAUUGUAUGA